CCAGGAAGGGCCAGGUGUCCGGGCCGGGCGCCUGUGUGGGCCUCGGCAGGAAAGGAGAGGAGCCGGACGAACCGGAACGCCCCACCCUCGGCUUGUCCGACACAAUUAAACCGGUGAAGGGUGAUGUGAAGCUUUCCUUUGCGAUCUUGGAAGAGACCGGGGAUUUUUUUCUUCUUUCCACCACCACCACCACCACCACCACCACCAACCAAACCCCGCGAAGCAGGCGAAGCGGUCGGACGGCCAAAUCUGGUCAGGACCCAGCAGCCGCGGGGUUUCCCGGGGGCUUCCUGCAGGGGCGGCGGCCGCCAUAUUUUGUUUCCCCCUCUCCUCAUGUUCCCUCGAUCCUUCUUUAAGAGGCGUUUCUGGCUGCGAGGCGUGGCCGCCAUGAGGAAGAGUUUAAUCGGAGUUUGCCAGUUGAAUUGCACAGGAGAUAAGGAGAGGAACUUUGCCGAGUGCCAGGGUUUGGUGAGGGAGGGAGCUGAACGAGGGGCAAAGCUCCUCUUCCUCCCCGAGGCGUUUGACUACGUGGCCUCCUCCCAGGAGGAGACCCUCAGCAAAGCAGAGACAUUGGAUGGAGACCUCAUCCAGCGAUACCUCCAGCUGGCCAGGGAGACCGGACUCUGGCUGUCUCUGGGAGGCUUCCACGAGCGAAGCCGGGACUGGGAGCGGGAUCGUCGGAUCUACAAUGCUCACAUCCUCGUCAACAACUUGGGAGGGAUCGAAGCCGUCUAUCGCAAAACCCACCUCUUUGACGCAGAGCUGAAAGGCCGGGUCUCGAUGAAGGAAAGUGACUUCACCAUUCCUGGACCUGGGAUCGAGCCGCCCGUCAACACACCUAUUGGAAAGGUGGGUCUCUCGAUCUGCUACGACCUUCGUUUUCCAGAAGUAUCCCAGGUAUUGACUCACGCAGGAGCAGAAGUCUUGACAUUCCCAUCAGCAUUCACUGUGACAACCGGACGAGCUCAUUGGGAG